AAGGUGCAUAAGACUCUCGCGAAAGCGAUGGUCUCAUCGUCAUUUGCCUGGUGUAAGCCACCACUCAGUGUGUCUCAAUGAUCCUUACUAGUCCGGAGCCACGAGACAAAAUUUCCAGACCCCCCGAUUUUUAAUCAGUGUCACAAUAGACUUUGUUCGCCCACCACCGAACCUGACAGCCUGCUCCCGGUUUGCAUAAGUACUUUAUCUGACAGCAGCGCGGUCGGGCGUCCGGGGAGCAGCGACGACAACGAUUCUCUACCCCCAAGCCAGGCCAGACAUCGACCAGGCCUUCUUCAGUAGUCAGCCAUAUUCUGAAUCCCGCCGAGCGCGACACCAGUCAGUAAACAAUGUCUUCGGGGGACGGCGCCAGAGGCGACCAGCCUGAGCCAUCGGCGACCUCCAAAGCGGGCACACGAAAGAAGAUCCGACCCACAUACUCGUGCUUAAACUGUCACAAGCGCAAAGUCAAGUGCGACCGAGUAAAGCCGUGCGGUGCCUGCUGCCUCCGCGGCACGCCGUCCGAGUGUGAAUACGGCACCAGCAAGCGGGACCGCCAUUACAUCCAACAGUCGGCCCUAAUUGAAAACCUUCUACGUUCCUGUGAGAGUCUCAAACACCAGCUUGCCGAGGCUCGGCAACUCGCCAAUCUUCCCGCCGUCAAGGAUGAAGAUGGGCCAUCCCAGAACAGUCAGGCUCUCUAUUCCAUUCGGGAAAAGGAAUCCAAUACGCCAGAGGAUGACGACGACGAGUCCGGGGAUGACUUGGAUCUUGCCUCCAAAAUCCCGGGCCACCAGGCUGUAGUGUCCCCCAGUGCACUCGUGCCAGAGGAGCGACACACACGGAAAGAAACCAAUGCAUUGAUAGAGUUGUACGUCGAGCGUUUGGUCAAUAAUUUUAGCCCGGAAGCUGUCACGGGCACCAUUGCCUUACGGGAGGCACGAUCUAUGCGAGUCUUUUCUCCCAUUCUGUGUAGUGCUUUUGAAGCCGCGUCUCUUACCUUUGCUGGACGGCGUGAUGGGAAUCGGGCGGUUGAGAUGGCCGGGCAUGCGCGUUACCUCCGUGUCUUGCGCUCCCUCCAGACUGCCUUGUACGACCCUCAGGAAGGCAAGUCGACCGAGGUACUGGUGGUCGUCCUCCUGGCCACCAUCAUCGAAGCCUUCAAGCAAACAUCGAAAGACUCCCUUCUCAGACACCAACUAGGUGGCUUGGAGCUCUUACGCACACGGACACCGUAUCGGCAUCGGCAUGGCAUAGAACGCUCCCUGUUCGUUGACCUUCGAAUGUACUGGGUCACGGCAGCCUUGGUCCAUCGGAAGCCUUCAUUCCUCGCGGAGAAAGACUGGUUGACCGUCCCUUGGCCUGGGGACGGGCCCUCCAAAGACAUUCUCCAACGGCUGCUCGACGUCGCCGUGCAUAUCCCCGGAUAUCUAUCCCAGAUCGACGAGUUCACAGCCUUAUUAAAGGCCGGGACUAAGCCACCAUCGGAGCUCGUCACCCUGCAAAGCGCCAUCUGGGAACGCGCCAACGAGCUCCAAGGCCUACUCCAGAUGUGGAAGAGCAUGUACGCCGACACCUACCCCGCAGGCGGGCCAUGGGAAGAAUCCCACUACCGAGCGGACCCAGACGACAAUUUUCCCAGAUUCCGGUGUCGCAACCCAAGUACCAUGGAAGUAGUGAUUGCGCGGAAUAUCAUGUACCCCGACCUUCUUCUCGCGACCUCCAUGAGCUUCUACUGGGCCCUGGGCCUAAUCAUCUCUACCACCGACCCAGGCCUAGUCAGCGUCCUCGGCCUCCACGAACGAUACCAGUACGCAUGCAAUAUCUGUCGCAGCGUGAAAUACUACACCACGAACAUCCCAGGAUGCUUGAUCUCACGGGUGAUGUUCGUCCUCCGCACCGCGUUCGAUAGCUUCGCCGACGGCAUGAUCGAGAAGGAAUCCAUGGCGGAAAUGUUCGCCUACAUCGGUCACAAAUUCGAGUUCCCCGUGUUUUCGAACAAAUGCACCUCGUCUUCCGUAAGGAUCGAAGGAUCCACAUGACUCUUAGCUCCUCCUUUAUCCUCCUUUUCCUUAAUCUCCUCGACUCCCCCAUGGUUCUUUGUGCUUCCGGGCGGGUAGUUUGAUUCCAGGCGAGGAAAUCUGCGAGGAAAAUCUUUACGAGAUAAUGACACCACUCUUCCUUAUAGCCGUCUACCUUAUGUUCUAUUUCUUUAUACGCUCGAUUGGGGUUAGCUUGGAUGGAAGGAUCUGGGAAUUUGGGCUUGGUUUGGGUAUAUUAUGACUCUAAUUGGGGUGUUAAAGCACCUAUCUAGCUAUGAGUGAGAUGAUGCGGUGCCUGCAGAGGCUGUUAUUACUGGCACUGAAGAUGCAAAUGAGAACGAAAUUGAUAAUGAGAUUAA